CGCAUCAACUGACAGGAAGUCGGUGUUGGCAACAGCUGAUUGUGAGGAUGGACUCCCCCGAUGUGACAUUUACGUUGGCAUAUGUUGUGUUUGCCUUUUGUUUUGUGUUUACGCCAAAUGAGUUCAGAUCAGCAGGCUUUACCGUUCAGAAUUUGUUCUCUUUUUGGCUCGGGAGUGAAGACAUAGGUUUCGUCCAGUACCACAUCAGGAGAACGACAUUAACCCUCGUUGUCCAUUGCUCAUUGCCUCUUGGUUACUACUUGGGUAUGUGUAUAGCUGCCCCAGAUAAAAAACUGAUCUAUGUGUACCUGGCAAGUGAAGGAUGGCAGCUGUACUUCACUGCGUCAGCUGCUCUCUUGCUCCUGAGUUGCCUCGUCGCUCACUAUUGGUCUGGCCAGAAAUGGGGAAAUCACACCAUAUCAAAAAACUUGGCCUCCCAUGCCUUACCCCAAUCCAGCUGGAGAGCUGUAGCCUCCUCUAUCAACACGGAGUUCCGCAGAAUCGACAAGUUCGCUACAGGUGCACCAGGUGCGAGGGUCAUUGUCACAGACACCUGGAUCAUGAAGGUCACCACCUACUAUGUCCAUGUGGCCCUGCAGCAGGACACACACCUGACAGUCACAGACUCGAAGCAGCAUGACCUUUCACCUGACUCUGGCACGCCAGUGCAGAUCCUGACCCUUAGUGUCGCCAGUAUCAAUCCCAAUGUCAAGCCCUUUGACAUCAGGUUAAAUUCUACAGAGUAUACUGAACUACGAGACAAACUGCAGGCUCCUGUGAGGAAUGCAGCAAACGUGGUUAUCCAUCUCACCAUGAGUGAGCUCUUUUUGGAAACCUUCAGGUCUUUCGUGGAGCUGAACCAAGUCUAUGAAAGCCCCAGUGGUCAGGAGCUGGAGGCCUGCAUUGGCUGCAUGCAGGAGACUGCCAACAUCAAGCUGCUGCAUCUGUGCCACGGAGAGGGAGAGGGAGAGGGCGAGUGUCAGCAGUGCUACUGCCGCCCCAUGUGGUGCCUGACCUGUAUGGGCAAGUGGUUUGCCAGCCGGCAGGACCAGCAGCGGCCUGAGACCUGGCUGGGCAGCAGGGUGCCCUGUCCCACCUGCAGGGCCAAGUUUUGCAUCCUGGACGUCUGCAUUGCACACUGACUCUGGCCAAAGCCAGGGGUAUGCAAGUACAGAGAAAAACAAUGAGAGGCCUUUGAAGCUGUAUCGUUCUCCUCUGACAUGUCUUUGAAUUAAUACUCUUGUUUGUACUCUACCCACAGGUGAAAUGAUGGAUGAAAUGGUUCAGAUGACAUUUGAAUUCAACAGACAAUUCAAAGACACUUUGAGGAAUGACUUUAAAAACAAUUGGUUGGAUCUGUGCUGCUGUUUUACAGCAGGGAAUAGACUGCCACAUAUGGGAUGUCUUUUGACGUCUUGUUUUUUCUUUUCUUUUUCCUUUUAUCACACCAGUAAGGCAAUGAAGCUUAUACUGUACGUGCCUUCUGUCAGUUUGCCUUGUUUUUGUCAGGCCAUUAAUGCAGAAAUGUUACAUUGCACAUCCUAGACACAACAUUUACGUUACUUUCUCCAAUACUUUUACAAAUGCUGAUUUUUGUUAAAACAAAUAGUGUUAUUGUAUUUAUAUAAUUCUGGAUUAAUUAAACCUUCCCCCAACAUUGAGUGAGUACCAAUGUUGCAGCCACCACAGUUUUAAUUCUUGAAAAAGCUAAGAGUCCUGCUAAUGUCCUGCCAAAGGACAUAAUAGUUUUACCAAAGGGCUUGCAUUUCCACUUUUGAGCUUAAUAUAAUGCAAGAAUUGUGUACCGGCUUGUAGAAUAUAUUUUGAUAUCCCUUGAGCAUAAUUUUUUAAUGUGCAGAGUUUCAUGAAGGUCUCUUGGACUGAGCUGCAUAUUGAAAAUGGUGCUGAAGGAAUUCCCAGCGCGACAAAAACUGACAAAAGGGUCACCUCACAGCCCACUCCACCAAAGUGCAAUACCAGGCGUCCAGGCACACGGGGCAAUGACUGAACGCAGAUCACCUUAUUAUAAGUCUGAGCUUUGAGUAAUUAUUUUUAAGUAGAAAUUUAAGGUACAGCAUAAUGCUAGUGCUGUCUAAAUUUGGACACUAAGGCAAGGUUAAGCCAGAAAAUGUAAGUAUUGUGCAUUCCUUGUUGUGGUGUAAUCAUACAAUGUUUCUAAUGGGGUAAUGGCCUUUUUUCAUUAGCUCAGUUACUGCUAUGGGCAGGUACAUGGCAGAGUGGGACAACAGCAGGAUGCUACAUUGCAGGAUCAUCAACUAUGUGUCUCGGUGUCCUAGGUGUCUUUUGAAGCAUGUUUUUCAUGAUUUUCUGUUUAGGAUGUUUCUUAGAUAUUAACAUGUCAUCUAAGGGGACAAAGUUCUUUUCUUUUUUUUAAGCAUAUUUUUGGGGGCUUUUUUAUGCCUUUAAUGAGACAGGACAGUGGAGAAUGACAAGCGAGUGGGAGAGAGAGUCUGGGUGGGACCCGGAAAGAACCACGGGGAGAGAAUCGACCCGGGUCGCCGGCGUACGGUGCAGGUGCCCCAGCCAGCCACGCUGGACAAAGUUUUUUUUUUUUUUUUUAAAGCAGUUAAUAGAUACAUUUAGCAAACACAGCUUGUAAUGGCUGUCAUCCUGAUGUGGAAGGAUAGAAACCUUCAGGAGGCCAUAAUCUUCAUUAUCAGUUUACAAAAAUGUUGUUGUGUUUCAGAUGUAGAGGGUUUCUCCACAACAUUUAAGGGUUUUCAGCCCUUAAUUUCAGUCACGGCUUUUUGUUGAAUUUAAGAUGAAUAAAUGAAUUUGGUCUUUCCCUACACAGAAUUCCACAUGAAACACAAUGUUUUUCUGUUGGACUUUAUAAUACUGUCCUGGCACUAAUGGUGUCAUAUAUUUGAGCUAUAACCCUUGUAGGCAUGGGACAUUAUAAAAUGACUAGAUAAUCUUCACAAACAAUAACUCAGGGAAUUGUUAUUUGUCCUCUGUCCAAAUUUUGUAAUGUGUCUGACCCUGUAUCAUCUCUUUGAAGUAAUAUGUAAAUAAAUGUCUUAGUUUAAA